AGCACACUUGGUCGUGACUCGCAAGCAAAGGGGACAGGCGACGCGGGUGACAUCAUCGGAGUGAGUCACCGCCGGAGACAAAUUCAAGGGAAUAUUAUCACACAGCUAAAGGUUAGCCGGGCUAAUUUCCAGGGUCUCCUGGGACUUCUGAUGGAUUUGAAUUUAAGGCUCUUCAUUUAGCAGCAACACCUGACCACCAGACAAAACUGGAGUGUGCCGCAGACGACAGGCAGUGUUGUGACAGCUCACGGCGAGCACGGAGCUAAAAUGCCGCGAUCAUUUUUAGUGAAAAAGGUCAAACAUCAUCAUCAUUCUUACAGUGACUUAGAAAGGACUUACAAGGACAUAUUAGUACCGGAUACACCCCCAAGUCCCAAUGCCUCCCUCAACGCCAUUGCACCUUACACACCCUACACCCCUGUCACCCCCCUACAGCCGCUCACUGUCAGGAUUACAAAUGGUUACAUCCACGACAUUCCACCACCCAAAGUCACCCCCACCGGCAGCACUGACUCAGGCCACAACAGCGAGACAGAACACGAUGUUAGCACCACAAAUUCCAUUCCAUCAUGCGGGGGAGACGAAUCCCCUCGACCGCUCACUCCCCUCACGCCACAGAGCCUACCACCAAAGCCGCCGAACAAAUUUCAAGACGGAGUGACCAUCGGGUACACCUACGAUGCCUUCUUCAUCACCGACGGGCGCUCGCGGCGGCGGGACCCUCUCACCCUGCCUCCACAGGAGCCGAAGUCCCGACAGCGGUAUACGUGCAGCGAGUGCGGUAAGGACUACGCAACAUCUUCAAACCUUAGCCGGCACAAGCAGACCCAUCGGUCCCUAGACAGCCAGCUGGCGAAGAAGUGUCCUCACUGCAACAAAGUAUACGUCAGUAUGCCAGCACUCUCCAUGCAUAUCUUGACGCAUGACUUGAAGCACGUCUGCCCGGUGUGUGACAAGUCCUUCUCGCGACCUUGGUUGCUUCAAGGUCACUUGAGGUCACAUACGGGUGAGAAACCGUUCGGAUGCGCUCACUGCGGGAAAGCCUUUGCCGACCGCUCCAAUCUCCGUGCUCACAUGCAAACACAUUCCGCUUUUAAACACUACGAGUGUAAACGAUGCAACAAGUCAUUUGCUCUCAAGUCGUAUCUCAAUAAACAUUAUGAGUCUGCUUGCUUCAAGGAUGAUGAUUCUGCUGGGUUCAAGAGUGACGAUUCAAUGUGCUAUAGAGACGAUACUUCCAUCGGAGAUUGUGAAAGCAUUCGCUCGAUCAGCGAAUGAGCUAUGCCAGGGGCUUCCCACUAAACUUGUAUGCCUGACCUUUGAGGUUGUGCUGAUUUUGAACAAAAACACUCAUUGGAUUUACCAUCAUUACAUCGAAUAAAAAUGUGAUAUCGUCCGCAUACAUACCACAUGCUUAAUGUAGAACAAUCGAAGGCUGUCUGCUGUUAAGAACGAAGAGACAGCUACACCUGCAAAAUGCUAGUAAUUGCGGACGCCAUUUUGUAUUUCAUCACGUGACUUUGACCAUUCACAUAUCUUCCAAUCAGCAUCGACCCCCUGUGGUGUCAUGGCCGACAGCUUGCCUACGAACAGUAUCAAAAGUACCUAUCAAAUACUCAACAGACUUAUGCAAUGUUGCACGAUGUGGAUGGAUGGAUGGAUGGAUGGAAAGAGAAUGUAUUUUUAACUGCAUGCCAUAGAAGGACAAGGGUAGUGUAUUCACGAUCUUCCGAAGUGUUGUGAACUUGUUGUCGAAAUCAAAACUAUUGUUUUACUUAUUUGUAUUGUGCGCGGAGAUAUACCAGGCGAAAAUGGACGCUAUUACCGCCAGAUGGAGCAGGGAGCCCUGGCGGUGAGAUUAGGAAUGAAUACGAGUUUUGAGCAGCGAACCAAUCCCACCGACAUGAGAACAAAAACGUUUGUGCAAAAUUCGUUCAGACGACGAAAUCUUACAGCUUCCAUUGUUACUUGAGUUUAUUCAUGUGAGUCUCACCCACGAAAUAUAUGUCUAGUUUAAAGGUGGCUGACAGAAUGACAUUCGCUAUCAGCUUAAAGAUGGUCUCUCAGUGAGAGACCGUCUUGAAGCUGCGUCACUGUCCGCGACCUGAUUACGAGAACUUCAGUAUUUUCGUUUGUUGAAAUGAAUACAAAGUUUCAUUGCGAACGCAACCCACCGACUUGCAAAUUUGCGAAAGUGCUUUAAAUCAUUAUAUAUAUAUGUAGUUGUUGAUCAAUUGAGUUUGUAUCUGAGGCGAACAUAACCCACCGAUUUGUACAGUUCGUUAAAGUAUACAUGUAUAUGCACUCAUGAAUUGACACGACAUACAUUUGUAUUUUGCUACGUGUACCUGGUAUUUUCUUCUCAAAGCAAUCAUUGAAGGAAAGUAAAGUACAGCGAACAAAACCCACCGAUUUUUGUAAACUAGACGUAGAUAUAUUUUAUAUACACCUUCGAUAUAAUGUAGACUUUUAUACUUCGCACACCCAUCGACGUGACAUUUUUAAGUCCGAGAAACAUUUAUACAACCCCACCAAAUGCUCCGUCAUAUUUUGAGCAACUGUUGACGAUAUACCUUCAUGUUGACUCUAGAAGUUUAGGGAAUCAUGCAAUAAUUCAUCGUUCUAGUCUUUUUUACAUCUUGUUGUUAGGAUGUCAUAAUAUCAUAUUUGAAAAUGUCCAUUUUACGUUUUAUUGAUCAACAUGACACACCUCCAAAUAUGCUGCACUCGCGACUAGAGUGGCGACGAGUUUCUCAGUGUUGCUGCUGCUGGCGCCAUUCAACUGGCGUUGGCUCCAGUUUUCAUCAUUAGUAAGAGGAAUGACGUGCAGAUGAUAUCUUGUCACCCUCUAACCAAUCACAUAAUGUUAUCAAACAAACACUUGCCUCGCAACUUCCCGCAUCAACAUCUUGCAGGAACGAGAGUCUGUACUCGUCUCGAAGAUACCUGAGAUAAAUAUGGGAAUUUAUGUUGGUCAGUUGGCGUGAAAUGAUUUCAGUAAUCGUGGGCUCGUCUCCAGACAAUCCUGGAUGACGCAUUCGUUGUCCUGUCUCAUAUGUUAGUGCACCUGAUGCUGAUAGUCUCUAUUAUAUGCAAUGGAUGUAUUUUGCCGAAAGGGUUCUCAUUUCAAUAGCCAAUCCUUGGGGAGAUUCGCCGGUUUAUCUGCUUAGAUGAGAGUGAUGCCACGCCUUUGUGUGUUUCUAUCCAGAGGAUUAGCUCACGGAGUUGACUCAGUACAAUACCCGGAUUAGAUGAGAUGUCUGGUUUAUCAGAUUACUAAACCAGUCAACAUCAUCCCGGGAUGGUUCCGCGCCUGUUGGAGCGAGGAAAAUUACACGGAGAAUGACUCCGCCAUUUUGAAUCUCGUCCUGUUGCUGACGAUAACCGUAUCUUCUCCCGACAGGCAACGCGCACAAUAAUUCUCUGGUUGUUCUCUGUUCAUAUGCAAAUUUCGAUUGUAUUUGAUUUUCAUGAUCGUCAGAUGUUUGGUGAUAUUAUUUCAUUUACUAUAGCCUUUUUCAUAUAGUCUAUGUGUGAUAAUUUAAUUAUGCCAUUUUAAAGUUUCGUACUGUAACCGUGUGUUGUGGGGCAGACGCCAUGUCGUACGGCGAGAACGAGGCUACGACCCGGAUGUACAAAACUGAGGACAUUUAUUUACCCAUGAAGUAUUUAUUUCCCUCUUGGCGUCUGACGUCUUAAUAUUGAGUGAAAUCUAGUCAAUUUCUAAUUUAUUCGUAGCUACUCGUUAGUUUAGAUUAACUUAUUAUUAACUUAUUCCUUCGAAACCUCUGGUAAUCGGAAUCCCUCAUCACAAAUGUGUGUCAUUUUGUUCCGAGGGAUGCCGGCGCCUUCUCACAAGUGCUGGGCACUUCGUAUGUACCUGAAUGUCACUUUUCUACGCCAAUGUAUAUAGUCUUCAUAUUUUUUACGGAAGUGCUUCCAGAACCAGUCUUUUUACAAUUGUAUUUGUGAUGCUGCAAUCAUGAAUAUACACUUGUUAAAUAUAACGGUAUAGCGUCUCAUCAUUCCAUGAUCCUAACCAGACAAUAUAGUGCCUCAAAAUGGUUAUUUUCAUUUUAGAUAUAUAUUUUUAGAAUUCAACGAUGCACCAUGUAACAUAUGCUGUAUGUUUAACGAAGAAACACCGGGUUUUGGUGUACAGAAAAAAAUCACGAAACCAAAGGAAUGUUUUUGAAUGCUGAGCACGAAAUUUCACGUAGGUGCAUGCUUUAGAAGUUUUUGAACAACAGCUAGAAUAAGACCUAACUGCCAGAAAAGCCAGGAAAUCACUCAGUGGCAUUAUCAUUUCUUUGUCGGCUGAAUGGACCAGCUUCCAGGUUUCUUAUGGCUGAACUUGAUGAUACCUCCGGUCACAUUGUCCAAUCAGAAGCGAGAAAAUCUGCAUCACCGCAGAAGAGAUUUGAAAUCAGUCAAUCACAACGUGUUGGGAAACAACUUCCUGUCGAUUUUCUCGCCUCUCACAGCAACUUGUGGAUUCGCCUGAUGACACUUUUGUGUACGAAUCGCGUGCUGUGUCAGCGGCCAUCAAAUCAAUACAUCCAGAGUCACCUGAUGAUUCUUAAAAGUGUUGCGCACGAUUCACAUCGUCCAUUUAGAAACACCCUGCCGCGUUAUUGAAUAAUCCUGAUGCUGAUGAAUGCCCUGUUACAACCAUUCAUCCAGAAUGAUGAAUGCUGAAUCAUAAAGCAACAGAGGUUUUUAUAUUCUCAUCUAUUGGACCUUUGUCAUGAAAUUACACAAAAAUAUGCUCGACUUUCGAAUGAUAUUAACAUAAAUAUUUAUCUAAAUUCUUUUCCAUCAUGCGAGGUGUAUGGGGUCAUUUAUCAUGGCAUUGUUCAGCUGGCGCAAUGUCCAACCACACCAAUUUCAUCCCGCUGGGCAUAAAAGUCAUAACAGCAAAUUCUUUGUUUAGUAUCCUGGCGACCAUCACUCCCGAGAUUAAAAUUAGAAAAUUAAAUUAAGGACCAGCGCGGGUAUAUAAUGGCCAUUCCUACUGACUGACCGAUACAUCAGUGCGGGAACUUACGAAUGGGUCGCGUGCGAAACUGCGGGGUCACCCAUCGAGUCUGAUAUUUAGUUUGAUUGGAAGUGACAAUACGUGGCAGAAGCUUCUGAAUAAUAGCAAAUACGAUUUCGUGCUCAGUGUUCAAAUAAACAUGAUAAUCUCGGCAAUAUUGUCGAUUAGAGCAGGAAAUGCAACAACUUAGCACUGCUGUCCAACAUCGCAUGGCCGCAAUGACCUCAGCCAAUGAAAAAAACUGUUGCAUCGUGGUGUUUUCCAUCAUCAUGCUCCGGUGUGAUCAUCCAGGAACUUGGUACAGUCCAGUUUCCGGUUGCGUUCAAGAGCGAUGGAAAACCAUUACUUGCACUCAUUGAAUCUUUGAAAACAGCUAAAAAAGAGUCGUGGAUUGCAAAAAUAGUUUGACUAAAACCGACUCGCUGAAAUUUUCAUUUUGCUUGAUAACAGAAUGGUGUAACCAUUGGUACCCUGAAACCGGAUUUUGCUUUUUAUUGGUUGAAAGGUGGUCAUGUGAUUCGGAUUGCUGAACUCAUCAUUCACUCGUCAUAAUAAAGGUAGUCAUAGUUCCUAAUUAACUAUACUAUUGAGUAGCAUUCAGAGAUUAACUUUUCUAGCCCAGUUGUUACAUAUGCAGUAUAUCAACGUCAAAUUUUAUACACGCAAAUGCUAUACACUAAUUUUGUACUAAUUGUAACUUGCGAACAAAACUGUAUGUAUUAUUGUAGUACAUGUACUUGCAUUCAGUCUCCUUGGCCUGUGUACUUAACGUUCGUUGCAGCUCAAAAUCACCCUCCUGGACCAAAUGUACAAUGUUUCGCGAACUCGAGAUAGAACACAUAGAAACACACCCAAAAAGCAAUGCAAUGCUGCAUUCAAUGACGUACAGUGUCGGCUUUCGAGCCUAGGAACUUCAUUUCUGAUUUGCUUCAAAACCGCCUACUCGGCUUGUCAAGGGAAUAUCUCUUUCACAUCGAUUAGCUUGCCUGGUCUCAGAGGAUGAUUUUGCUGCGAUAUGUCACAUUUACAUAUGUUUGUUGCAUUAGUUAUGUCUGGCAUUCUGACAAGUCAGGAUCUGGUCGUCGUUGCUGGUAUGGAUUAGUUUGCCUGGACAAUGAUCUCAAAAUUUCUGUUGGUCUCAUUUUGUUGUUUUCUCUAUGAUAUACUGAAACAAACGGAUGUACACGUAAGAACGAAAAUAUAUCUUAAUAAUAAUUCAAACAUCAACUGUAUACAUUUGUGUAUAUUUUGAAUCGGUAAGUCAACAGACUAUUGGCCUAAAUGUGGGCCAAUUCAUAAUCGAGUCCGUUGGAUACUUUGAAACACAGACACCGUUUAUCAAAAUUGUUCUCAAAAAGAAACUUGUAAAUAAUGUUCAGUACUUUGGAUGGAAAUGUUUAGGGGUACCUUAUUUUGUAAGAGAGGAACGGGAAAGUAUUUUUAUAUUGGCAAAAGUAGCUGGAACUGCGCAUUAUGCAUAAGGUCAACAAUUCCUUACCAGUAACUGACGACAAAUCAAUCCAGUGGUCAAAACAAGCAAUGUUUUUCAGUCUUAUAAUGUUAACGGCAAGCAUCACUGACGUGUUCUACCGUGAUGAUGACAAGGGUACAAAUUGUUUCAGUCUGUAACGCCUUUCGACAUCCAGGGACAUUGAACUCCCGUGCGAUAACGGUGAAGCAACUAAAUUUAGUUGCUGGGAAGGUUAUCGGAAGCAAAAAGCUUUUAAAACCACUCAUGAUAAAAAGGCUUAAUCAACAUGACCAAUCUCAUGCAACACCUUAUGAGACACUUGCAUUGUUCUCUCGUCUUGGCCACAGUGGAUACUAGCUAUAGCUCAUUGAUAAUAUCCAUGAUACGUUCAUUCCAAAUUCCGUAGAUUAUGCAGUUUUCUAUAGUAAAGGUACCGAAGCAAUA